AUGUCCGGAGAGACGGAUCCGUUCGCCGAUGCGGCCGAUCUAGAAGAUAGGGGCGAUGAUAGGAGUGAAGGGCCGAGGACAACGUACCGGUCAGACCGCCUCGGCAAUGCCACACGACUCAUUGACGUCCUAAGGAACGCAAUAGAGGCCUAUCAGGUCACAGCCGGCUCGACAGAGAUAUCGAGGAUGGUAGAUCAAAUGAGCCGAUUUCAGCAAACCGCCCUAGAUUCUAUAGACGAACUAGGAGCUACGACCACCCUCGAUCAAGGACCAGGAACUCUUAGCGGCCAAGGAGACGGGUUUCCCGGGCCAGCGGCGUCGGUCGUGCCGGCACAGGGGUUGCUUAAGUCGAUCAAGGCGCAGCAAAAAAGCGUCUCUCGCGAGAGAGAGAGGAUAAUCCAAGGGAUCCAGGGGUCGGUCGGGGAGAGUAAUGCCGAGUUCAGGGCGCCCAACGGUUUCGGGGAGCAGGACGUCCAUUUCACCGCUGCCGAUGAGGAAGGCCGGGGCGGGGACCCCGGACCAUCUAUGAAUAUCCAGCUCGGUCCCUCCACGUCGUUUUCUGCGGCAGGGAAGCAGUUAGCAGAGGAGUCGUUUACCUUAAACCGAAAACAGAGCAUCGCACUUCGACUCAUCUGUCGCCAGCUAGACCGGAUCCGCCGCGACGAGUCCGGAGUUCCCCAGCUCUGCCAAUUUAUCGGAGGCGAGGGCGGGACGGGAAAGUCACGGAUCAUCGGAGCGGUCGCGGCGCUGUUCGCGAGGAAGGGGAUCCCGCAACGCCUGCUAAUCACAGCGACCUCGGGAACAGCGGCUGCUAAUAUUAAUGGGGUUACCAUCCAUUCCGCGUGCGGGUUCUGGAAAGAUACAGCUCGGUCGGCGGGUCGGAGUGCGGAUUUAGAGAGAUUCGCGCCGAGGAGUUCAACCAAUCUCCGCAUCGAUGGACGAAGCCGGACCGAGUGGCAGGAAAAACUCCUGCUUAUUAUCGACGAGUGA